CUCUCUCUCUCUGUUGUUUUUCAUUAUGUGCUUUUAACGUGACAAACCCACAUUGAUUCUGCCGCCUUUUAUUUAUUUCUCUGUUCCUGCUCUGCAAAGUUAGACAUGCAAUGGAAGCAAAUGCAUAGCCCAAGUUGAUUUUCUUAGAUUGUUGAUCUUCAAUUUUGGGGAUUUUUUGAGUGAUUGUGGAGGAGAAGUAAGGCAAUGAAGAGGGAAGAACAAGCUCGGUCUUUGUUUGGGAUUUCUCUCUCUGACAGACCCAAAUGGCAACAGUUUCUCAUUUGCUCUUCUGGGUUCUUCUUUGGCUACCUCGUUAAUGGCGUCUGUGAGGAGUAUGUAUACAACAGGCUUCAAUUCAGUUAUGGUUGGUACUUCACAUUUGUUCAAGGAUUUGUCUACAUUUUUCUGAUAUACCUCCAAGGCUUCACCAUAAAGCAAAUGGUGAACCCUUGGAAGACAUAUAUCAAGCUAUCUGCAGUGCUUAUGGGUUCCCAUGGACUCACCAAAGGGUCCUUGGCUUGGCUUAAUUAUCCUGCACAGCUCAUGUUCAAGUCCACCAAGGUUCUUCCGGUGAUGGUAAUGGGUGCCUUCAUUCCGGGUCUGAGACGGAAAUACCCACUUCAUGAAUAUGUAUCUGCAGUACUUUUAGUAGUCGGUUUGAUCCUUUUCACCUUAGCGGAUGCACAAACUUCUCCAAACUUUAGCGUUCUUGGUGUUCUGAUGGUAUCGGGUGCACUAGUCAUGGACUCUUUCCUUGGUAACCUGCAAGAAGCCAUCUUUACCAUGAAUCCUGAAACCACGCAGAUGGAGAUGUUGUUUUGCUCAACAGUGGUGGGUUUGCCUUUCCUGAUCCCUCCCAUGCUUUUGACAGGGGAGUUAUUCAAAGCAUGGAAUUCAUGUUCUCAGCAUCUCUACGUGUACGGUGUCCUAAUCCUCGAAGCAAUGGCCACGUUUAUCGGUCAAAUCUCGGUGUUAUCCCUCAUUGCCAUUUUUGGUGCUGCAACCACAGCCAUGGUUACAACGGCGAGAAAGGCGGUAACGUUGCUUCUAUCGUAUUUGAUAUUCACAAAGCCAUUGACAGAGCAACAUGGAACAGGACUUCUGAUCAUAGGCAUGGGGAUCACAUUGAAGCUUUUGCCUGAUAAUAAUAAACCCAACAACAGAGUGUCAACCACAAGACCUUCCCAUAUUGAACAACAGGCACAGCAAAGUCAAGUGGUAUAUGAAUUAGGAGAAGAGGAUGAAGAGAGGAGGUCAUUAGUCUGAAUACUAAAUGCUAUAUAUAUAUAUAUAAUUUCAUAUGUCAUCCUACUGUUUGUUGGUUUACAAGUUUACGCAAUUAGGCUACUAAACUAAUUGGAAUUACAAUGCCGAAUUAACUAUGUGAGUUUGUGUAACACAGUUGUGGUAUAUGAUACCCUAUUGAAAUAUACUACAGUUUUCCUCCA